AGGGGGAGAGAAAGAGAGAGAGAGGAGAGGCAGAGGCAGAGGCAGUGGCUCACACACAGUGCAGGGAGUGUCGUCGUGGAAGCUGCUCGCUUCUCCAGCAUCACUCUCCCUCUAUGCCUCCACUCUGGAGGGUCAAGGAGGAAAAGGCUGUGUUUUCCCCGCUGCCACAUCUGUCUUUCUCUCUGCGGACGCACGGAUAAAACCAAGCACCUCCAACCUGGGAAAGAUGUAUUUUCUCCUGCAUGUGGUUUCCCUCUGCACUCUGAGCGUCUUGCGCGGAGCCUCCGCGGCCACUCACUACAACUGCAAUGGCCCCCUGGUAUCUGCGUUGCCCCAUUCUUCUUUCAGCAGCUCCUCUCAGUCUUCAGUCAGAUACGCGGCCUACAAUGCCAAGCUCAACAGAAGAGACGGAGCAGGAGGCUGGUCCCCCAUGGUGACUGACCAGGAUCCCUGGAUUCAGGUGGACCUCAGGGAGCAGUUUGAGGUGACAGCUGUGGCCACGCAGGGACGUUACGACAGCUGGGACUGGGUCAGCAGUUAUACGCUGCUCUACAGUGACACGGGCCGGGCCUGGAAGCAGUACAGGCAGGAGGACGGCGUAUCGAGGUUUGUUGGGAAUGUGAAUUCCGAGGCCGUUGUCCAGAACAAGCUGUCUCAGCCAGUGAGGACCCGUUUCCUGCGCUUCAUCCCUCUCGACUGGAACCCCACGGGCUGGAUGGGCCUGAGAGUGGAAGUGUACGGCUGCUCCUACAAGUCCUACGUGGCAGACUUCGACGGCAGGAGCUCACUUCUCUACCGGUUCAAUCAGAAGUCCAUGUCGACGGUGAAGGAUGUGAUUUCUCUGCGGUUUAAGAGUCAUCAGGCGGAGGGUGUUUUGCUGCAUGGAGAGGGUCAGAGGGGAGAUUACAUCACCCUGGAGCUCCACCGAGGAAGGCUGGACCUCUACCUAAACUUAGACGACAACAGGCUGAAGUUCAGGAGUGGCCGCGUGGCUGUCACCGUGGGCAGCCUGCUGGACGACCAGCACUGGCACUCGGUUCACAUAGAGCGUUUCAACAAGCAGGUUAACCUCACUGUGGACACCCACACACAGCACUUUCAAACAAAGGGAGAAGGACACUCGCUGGAGGUGGACUACGAGCUUAGUUUCGGAGGAAUCCCGCUGCCGGGCAAACCCGGCACAUUUCUGAGGAAGAACUUUCACGGUUGUAUGGAGAACCUGUACUACAACACAAUCAAUAUCAUAGACCUGGCCAAGAGACGCAAGCCCCAGAUACACAGUGUGGGCAACGUGACCUUCUCGUGCUCGCAGCCCCAGCUGGUGGCGUGCACCUUCUUGAGCUCCAGCAGCAGCUUCCUGUCGCUUCCAUCAGCUGCAGCAUCUGCCACCGAGGGCUUCUCUGUGCGCUUCCAGUUUAGGACGUGGAACCCAGAUGGGCUGCUCAUGUCCGUGCCACUGAACCCAGAGCCCCAGAGACUGGAGCUGAGGAUCAGUGGCGGCCAACUGCGCCUGACCCUUCAUGGCACCGGACAACAGAAGUCGGAGGUGGCCACUGGCCUCAGAGUCAGUGACGGACUGUGGCACUCGGUGAACCUGGAGAGCAGGAACCUACAGAUCACUCUGACGGUGGACGGCGAGCUGUGCUCCACCACUGACCUCUGGGAACAGGUGGAGGCAAGAAGCAACUUUUACUUUGGAGGCUGUCCAACCUUUGACUGCCAGGUUCGAACCGCGACCUUCCAGGGCUGCAUGCGGCUCGUCUUCAUCAACGGUCAGCCUGUGAAUCUCAGCCACGUGCAGCAGGGAGCGCUGGGGAAUUACAAUGAGAUUCAGUUUGACACCUGCAACAUAAGAGACAGGUGUCUCCCGAACCUGUGUGAACAUGGCGGCCGCUGCUCUCAGACCUGGACCUCCUUCACCUGUGACUGUUCAGGAACAGGAUACUCAGGAGCGACAUGUCACAACUCCAUCUACGAGGCCUCCUGCGAGGCGUACAAGUUGAUUGGCAGCUCUUCGGGUUUCUACUCCAUUGAUCCAGAUGGGAGUGGUCCCCUGGGGCCCACGCAGGUGUACUGCAACAUGACAGAGGAGAGGGUUUGGACCGUCGUCCCCCACAACGUCACCACUCCGGUCACCGUCCAGAGCUCCUCGCUCCAUAAACCUUACGUCAUGGACUUCAACUACAGCGCCACAGCGGGGCAGCUGCAUGCGAUUGUGUCGGGGUCGGAGCAGUGCCAACAGGAAGUGGUCUACAACUGCCGGAAGUCUCGUCUCUUCAACACAAGAGAUGGCAGUCCUCUGUCCUGGUGGCUGGACAGAGAAGGUGAGAAGAGGAGCUACUGGGGAGGCUUCCUGCCGGGGGUCCAGCAGUGCUCGUGCAGCCUGGAGGAGAACUGUUUGGACAUGAACUAUUUCUGCAACUGCGAUGCCGACACAGACACAUGGGCGAACGACACCGGAAUCCUUUCCUACAAAGACCACCUACCAGUCAGCCAGAUAGUAAUCGGAGACACCAACAGGACCGGCUCACAGGCCGUGUACCACGUGGGCCCUCUGCGUUGUUAUGGAGACAAGUCCAUUUGGAACGCCGCCUCCUUCUACCAGGAGUCGUCCUACCUCUACUUCCCCACCCUGCAGGCAGAGCUCUCCUCUGAUAUCUCCUUCUACUUCAAGACCAGCGCUCCUUCCGGAGUGUUUCUGGAGAACCUGGGCCUCAAAGACUUCAUCAGAGUGGAGCUCAGCUCUCCCUCAGUGGUGACUUUCUCCUUUGAUGUGGGAAACGGUCCGGCGAUCCUCUCUGUGAAGUCCCACUUGCCCCUGAAUGACAGACAGUGGCACUACGUGAGGGCGGAGCGAAACGUGAGAGAGGCCUCGCUGCAGGUCGACCAGCUUCCUCCGCGGUUCCUGGAGGCUCCGACCGACGGACACCUGCGCUUGCGGCUCAGCAGCCAGUUAUUCAUCGGGGGCACUGCAUCACAGCAGAGAGGAUUCCUGGGCUGCAUCAGGACUCUGACAGUCAACGGAGUCAGCUUUGACCUAGAGGAAAGAGCCAGAAUGACUCCCGGGGUGAGUUCCGGGUGUCCGGGUUACUGCAGUGGAUCCAGCAGCCUCUGCCACAACAGGGGAAGGUGCAUCGAGAAGAGCAACGGCUACAUCUGCGACUGCUCCCAGUCUGCAUACGGAGGAACUACCUGCAACCAGGAGGUGUCAGUGUCCUUUGACAGGGAGUCCUCGGUGACCUACACCUUCCAGGAACCAUUCUCAGUGAUGCAGAACCGAAGCUCUCAGGCCACCAGCGUUUCCACUGAGAGCAGCAGCAGGGCCAGGGAGGACGUGGCCUUCAGCUUCGUCACGUCACAGAGACCGGCCAUGCUGCUGACCGUCAGCACCUUCAGCCACCAGUACAUCGCUGUCAUCCUGGCCAAGAACGGGAGCCUGCAGAUCUGGUAUCACCUUCAAACAGACAGGAGACCGGACAUUUUCAGCCCUGUUCCUAGCAACCUGGCAGAUGGACGUCUUCACCGCAUCAGGAUCCACCGAGUGGGCAAAAACCUCUACGUGCAGAUCGACCAGGACAUCCACAGAAAGUACACACUGUCAUCUGAUGCAGAGCUGAUCCUAAUCAGAUCCCUGACAUUGGGCAAAGUCACCAGGAGGGAAACCUUCAACGAAGAGGUCAUGCAGGCAGCUGCUAAAGGUUUCGUUGGCUGCCUCUCCUCGGUCCAGUUCAACCAUGUGGCACCGCUGAAGGCCGCGCUAACAAAUCGAGGGAGCUCAUUGGUCACCAUCCGUGGGCCCCUGGUUCAGUCGAAUUGUGGAGCACUGGCAGAGUCAACCUCGCACAUUCUGCAAGAUCAAGCCGUGACAGCCAAUAAAGACAACGAGCAGCACAGCAGUGGCAGCCAGAGGGAUUUGGCAGUGAUCGCAGGUGUAGUCACAGCGGUGGUCUUCAUCGCCGUGUGCGCCCUGGCCGUGAUGAGCCGCCUGCUGUACCAGCAGCGACGGGCCCAGAGGACCGCCAGCAGCAGCAGCAGCAUCAAAGAGGAGCACAGACACAGCAUGUACACUGACUACAGGACUACAGAGCUGCAACUCCACAACUCAAUCAGGGACAAUAUGAAGGAGUACUACAUCUGACCACAGGGUGUGCACUUCCCACGGAGAGAAGAGGGGAGGGCCCGGAAUGUCGCGAAAACGUACGUUACAGUGUGGUGAAAAGCUGACUGGGACAUGGACGCAACUGUGGCUGCGGCAUUUCCCACAGAGACGACAAACAAACUUUUGAAUCUGAAUCUUUUGCAGCUGUUAAGUGUAUUAGAUGUCGGUGAAACUGUCCAAAAAUCCAGCUGCUGUGGUUUCUGUCGUGGCAAAAAAAAAAAAAAAAAAAAAA